AUGAUGGUUCAUGCUUUCAUAGACGAGAUCCGAAUGCUGGGGCAGGACAGUGAGGUGCCUUCUGCGCUGGUGGUCUUCGACUGGGCAGCUGCCUUUGGUCCUGUAAGUCUUCUUCUGCCUUUGCAAACUACCUUGGCCGAGGACGAUACGAUCCUGCCCACAGCCGCCCUGGUCGCAGCGAAGCGCAUUGCGCCAGCCCCUCAGGCUGACACGGGGCCGGCGCCAGGGCAUCCUGGCGAGGCGGCCACCAGCGGAGCCCGGGCCUCCGGGCUGCUCAGCGACUGGGAUUUCGACUCCUACUUGGAGGCGUGUGCAGUCGCUGCCCUCCAGGCUCUACAGAAGGCCAAGCAGUUCGGAAGGGUGGUCAUCAUCACGAACUCCGGCUUCGGCUGGGUGCAUGAGACAGCGGUCCGCUUCAUGCCGCUCCUCCUGAGUGAGCUUGAAGACAUCCCUGUGAUCAGCGCGCGUUCGAUAUUUGAGCCGCUGGGCGUGCAGGAGCCGUACCGCUGGAAGGUCCUGUGCUUUCGCCGCAUCGUAGACUGCUUCACGUUCGAUGCCAGUGGCAAAACAGGCCCAAGCUGCCUGAUCUCUAUCGGCGAUGGCUGGCAGGAGCGAGUGGCGGCGAUGAUUGCGGGCCAGGACGUGGAGGCCUGCGUCAAAUGCAUCAAAUUCUUGGAGCAGCCGGGGGUGGACCAGCUCGCGCAGGAGCUGGACUUGUGCUCGCAAGUUUUCGAAGGGCUUUGUGGACAUCCGAGCUGGGUCGAUGCUUGCUACAGCUACUCGAAGACAUGGGGAUUGCAGCUGGAAGCGCGAGCAGACGACACUUCCGCGCUGGGCGGAUCUUUCGCAGCAGUAGAGGGAACAGUGGAGGUGGUUUCUACUGACACUGUUGAGGAUGCAGGGAUGGACCACGUGGGCCCCAACACGACCGAAGCCGAAGCGCCCGUAGGGACCCCAAAGGACGGCGCACCCAGUGAUGGCAUGGCUCAGCCGGAGCCGCCGCAAGAGCCAGCGGUGCUGAGUCCAAGUCGGAAGCGUGCACGUCGCAGCCGUUGCAGGAGCAGCAAGGCGACUUUGCUGGCUCGAGCGGGCAAAGAGCAAGCCCUGCCUUGGCACCGGCAGUACCUGACCAUGUCCGUGCAUAAGAAGGUAGCAUCGGCAGCCUCGCGCCGCCUUUGGUUCCAGGCACGGAAGAAGUUCUGCAAGGUGCGCAGCAGGAAUCCCGGACGGGUCCCGGCCGUGAAUUACAACGGGGCAGUUCCCUGA